AUGUUGAGAAAAAGGCCGGGGGUGCGAAAACGUCAACAAGGUGGGUUUCUAACAGAUGCUGUUAAUACGGGAUUCUUAGAUCAUUAGACAGAUUUAGAUCGAGGACGUCGACGUGAAGAGGACGCGGGAUGGCGUCAUAUGCCGCGAAAAUGUGGCGUUGUCAUCGAUGGCGACGUCGUCUUAGCACUUUUCAGGACGUCAAAAUCAAUUUUUCACGUCGUGUUUAGGACGUCAGUUUUUUCUUGAUUUUUUAAAGACGAAAAAGGUAUGUACAUGAUAAAACUUGCAUCAGUGAUGUUGGUAAUCUAUUAUUUUUCUCUAUUUUCGAAAUAAUAUGAACGUAUGAUGUUUAAUAUGCGCAUAAUUAACAUAGUAAGACGCACCAAAUUUGUUUCCGGCUUUACGGAAUAUGGCUGAUCAUGUCUCAAAACAAACACAACAAGAAACAACAUAUUGUGUAGUUUGAUGCCAAUAAGAACGACAUUACUUAUCUAACUUUUAAACUUGCAUUUUAUUAUUUGAUAUAUCGUUUUAUGGGCAAUCGUUUUAUAGUUGAUAUUCAAUCGAUUUUAUUUACUUUUUAUUUUGUAAUUUGUAUUGCUGUAUUUAUAAAGUACAAUAUUGAAAGUAUAUACUGUAGUAAUAAAAUAGUGCAAUGUUUUUUGUUAUCUUUUUAGGGGCAGCGAUGUCUGUUUUACAACUGGAAGAGAACAAGAAAUCUCCGAAGAAAAGGUAAACAAAUCAAACUAACUUCAACAAUGGUAGAGUAUUAAACACUUGAAUGAAUGAUGACUUCACUUGGUGUGUAGAACUAGUAUGGUGUGUUGGGUUUAUAAUCCAAGUGAGUACAUUCGCAAUUUAAGACCUGACCAGGAACAAUUGCAGAAAAUGCAACACUAGGUUCUCUGGUAUUAAAAAAUCGAAUCCAUAGCCUUGUGAUUCCAGAAAAAUUGAUAUUGUUUGUUUACAUUUAUAUUCACUGUUUCUAGCAUGGUAUGGUCAAAGGCAAAAGAUCUAAUCCUACUGAAAGAAAUUGCAGCAGAAGGUGUUAUGUCAAAUAAACCCCGGUCCAGAGAGCGUGGUAUGCAGUGGCAAAGAAUUGCCGAUAACAUCACUGCACUAGGGCAAGGAGUCACAUCACGGGCAGUCAGAGAUCACUACAAUGUGAUGGCAAAAAAGUAUAGGGCAAGAAUGGCACAAGAAGAAAGAUCAACGGGUGAAGGUGGUGCUGAACUGACAGAGGCUGAAAGUUUGUUGGAGGAAUUGAUCCAUAUUGAAGGGGAGAUGGAAAGACAGGUUGAAAAUGAAAAUGAAGAAAACCAACAAAGGAUUGAACAAGAGCGAGGUCAGGCACUGGAGAUGAGAGAACGGGCAAUGGAGACACUUGGACAAACUAGGAAGAGGACAAGACAGAACGGUGAAGGUAGUGGAAAAGAACAAAAGAGGAGAAGGUCAGGAGACAUGAUGAAAUGGUUGCAAGAAAGGGUAGAGUUGGAGAAAGAAGAAAAAAAGGCAAAACGGGAAGAAGAAAGAGAAUACCAUGAAGUUCAGAGAGUCCAGCAAGAAGAGAUGACGCAAGCCAUGCACCAGACACAACAAUAG